CUCCAUCUCCUCCCGGGUACCAGCCCGGCGCCGGCCGCGCGGGAGGAGAUGCUGCAGCCUCCCCGGCCCCCGACCCCUUAAAAACCAGCCCGGCCGGGCCCGCCCCCCACCCCGCAGCCCCGUGGCGGGCCGGGGGGGGAGGGCGAUGGAGUAGAGGAGCCCCCCGACUCCCCUCGCCCACCAGCCGGAGGGAUGGAGUUGAAGCGAUCCCUAUCCGCCCACCCGGAGGCGGGGAAGCCGCUGCGGCGCUACGGGGCCGUGGAGGACACCGAAUGGCAGGCGGAGGGCCCGGGGGCAAGUCGACUCGACAUCAUCUCCAUGGCCGAGACGACAAUGAUGCCCGAGGAGAUCGAGCUGGAGAUGGCCAAGAUCCAACGUCUUCGGGAAGUCUUAGUCAGACGCGAAUCGGAACUCAGGUUUAUGAUGGAUGACAUCCAGCUGUGCAAGGAUAUCAUGGACCUGAAGCAGGAGCUGCAGAAUUUAGUAGCCAUCCCAGAAAACGACAAAACAAAGAUGCAAAAGCAGAGAGAGGACGAGUUAAUCCUGAAGAUCCACAGACUGGUGCAGAAGAGAGAUUUCCUGGUGGACGACGCCGAAGUGGAACGACUGCGGGAACAAGAGGAAGACAAGGAAAUGGCCGAAUUUCUGAGAAUCAAGUUAAAACCUCUCGACAAAGUAACCAGAGCCUCAGUCAGUUCUCCGGCAGAAAAGAAGGUGGAGCCCCCUCCCUCCAAGCCCACCGUCACCAAGACGGGGCUGGCCCUCAUCAAGGAUUGCUGCGGGGCCGCCCAGUGCAGCAUCAUGUAGCCCCCUUCUCCGGCCGGCCGGCCGGCGACCCUCCGCCUCUCCGCCGCCGCUCGCCGGGGCCCGCCCGGACCGGGACCGGGCAGAGGGGUGCAGCCGUGCCCCGGGGGGGCCGGGGCCGCGGGGUCCGGCCGGCCUGUCCAGAAGACCGACAGGGAGUCCAUCCCUCCAUCCGUCCCUCAGUCUGAUCCCCGAGUCCGUCCGUCCGUCCCCGAGUCCGUGUUGCAUGGUCCCCUCCCAGGCGCGCGCGCAUGCUGAACGUAGGAGUCCGUCCGGCCCUCUCCCUUCUGUCCGCACAGGGAGGUCUCGAGGACAAGAGAAAAAGAAAAUCCCGUUGUGCAAACGAGGCGGGAGAGGGCCAUCCUCCCUCCCCCCGACCCCCACUCCCCAUGUACAACGGUGAGUGUCCACACAGUUCCGCGCUCUGUCGGAGCGGGCCGCCCCACCCUUGCGGUUCCUAGUCCGGGGAUCUCGGCCCGUGCCCGGGACGCCCCCGGCUCCCUCCCCCGGGCCUCUCCACGUGGCCCCUGCCACUUCCCAAUCCCAAAGCCCCAGCGAUGCGGAGCCAAGGCCGGGCCCGGGACAGCCAAGCUUCGCGUGGGGGCCAGGCAGGCCUAAAGGGAAGCAGGACGGGUAGGCCUCGGGGAGACGGGCAGGCCUCAGCGGGGACGCAGAACGGGUAGGCCUCGGGGGAACGGGUGGGCUUCGGGGGAACGGGUGGGCCUCGGGGGUCCGGGCGGGCCCAGGAGGGAUGGAGGGCACGGGCGGGCCUCGGGGGAGAUGGGCAGGCCUAGGGGGGUGCAGGACAGGUAGGCCUUGUGGGAGAGAGGCAGGCCGGGGGGUGUGCGGAGAGGGUGGACGGGCCCCGGGGGGCACGGGAAGGCCGCGGGGAGUGAGGGCGGGGCAACUCCACCUAUAACCCAAUGUCGGAUCGGCUCCCGGCUCCCACGAGGCCGCCCCGUCCUGCCCCGCCCCACCCCACACAUCCCCCAGCGUCCCCCGGCCGUCGCGGCGGCCCCGACCCGGGCCCCGGUGCCAAUCCUGAAGACGCCCCUCUCCUCCGCGUGCCGGGCCGGGGCCGAUCCAGGUGGCGGCGGCCCGGGCGUUCCCCCGGGCGGCUGGGGACGUCCCACGGUGGGAUGGCGGGGGGCUCCCUCAGAGCCGGUGCCCCGGGCUGCACCCCACCCCAAGCGACGAUCCCACCCGGUGCUCCCCUCCACCCACCGGGGCCCGGGCCGGAGCGGCGGAGCCCGACCCCACGCCUGCGUCUCGCCGUCCGGUGGCUUCUCCCCCCGCCCCCCGUCUGCCGGGGCCACCCGUGUCCCUCGGUCUCUUCGUCCGUUCACUCGCCGGCCGGGCCAGGGCUCGGGUGACCUAUGUGUGCGUGUGUGCGUGUGUGUGCGCGCGGGUGUCGUGACAGGCCCGAGUAGUUAAGUAACGCGAGAUUCGCUCACGUCCGUCUCCACACAAUAAACAAGGUGGUCAAGCA